AUGGUGGUGAAAGGAAUGGAAUUAGGUGAAGGAAGUUGGAGACUAAGUCAGGAGGAAACAGGUGGGGUUUCAGAGGUAGAUCAUUAUGAAGAGCAGGUGGAGAAGGACCAGGUUGUAUUUCUGAGAUGGGAGCAUUAUGUAAAGCAACUAGGCUCAGGUGAGACAGAUGAGGGUGAUGUAUCAAUGGAAGAGGUUGUGACAGUGAAUGUAGGAGGUAUAAUAAUAGGAAAAGAAGAAACUGAAUUAGAAGGCAAGGGAUCAGAGGGAGAACCUGAUUGUGAGGCUUUGAUAGAGAAAGAAAAAACAUCCUACAAGGGUGAGAAAGCAGCAGUUGGAGCCCUUGAAUUAGAAGCAGGAAAAUUCACUUCAUCAAAGAUGACAUGUCUGGAGAUAUAG